AUGGCGAGAGUUGAGCUGAUGGAGGAGGAGGAGGACGACACAUCUAGAUUAAGUGAGCUUAUCGCUCUCGCAGAGGCAGGAUUACAUGGAGAAGAGGAGGACGACACAUCAAGGUUGAAGAACGAAUUUAUGUCUCAGGCCGCCGAAGAGGUAGAGGCGGAUUAUUACAAGCAGAAGUCUGAUGAGGCUGAGGCUGAGGAUGAGCUAUUCUCCCAAGCUGCAGAUGAAGCAGAAGCCAAUUAUUACAAGAGAACUGUUAACAAGUGUGAUGCAGGACAAUGCAGCAAGUGGAAUGAGGUUGUCGUUGAGGAUUGCGCGACGGAUGACUCCGAAGAUGAGUUACUUAUAGAUUGUGAUUCUGAUUGAAGAAACUUGU